UCGUCCUUCCCUUCUUCUCCUCUUCGACCGACGACGUCGUUGCCGCUUCGUUCCGCUAUACCCCAUCUCCCAUCCCACGGGCACGUCUCCCAUCCAUCCCGCAGACCGCCGACAUGAGGCCCGAAGUCGAGCAGGAGCUCGCCCAUACGCUGCUCGUCGAGCUUCUGGCAUACCAAUUCGCCUCGCCCGUGAGGUGGAUUGAGACUCAGAAUGUCAUCCUCGGCCAUGGCACCCAGCGCAUCGUCGAAGUCGGGCCCGACCAGACCCUGGCCAACAUGGCAAGGCGGACCCUCAAAUUCCAUUGGGAACCCCACGAUGCCGCCAAAAACAUCUCGCGCCAGAUCCUCUCCUACAGCAAGGACGCAAAGGAAAUCUACUACGAUGUCGACCCGGUUGUCGACGACGAGCAGCCUGGCCCACCUGCCGCCGACGCCGCCCCCGCCGCCACGCCCGCUGCUCCCUCAUCCGCACCCCCCGCUCCCUCUGCAGCACCCGCUCCCGCUGCCAGCGUGGGCCCCGCCGCCCAGGUCGCCGAUGCCCCCGUCACGGCCACGGAUAUCCUGCGGGCCAUCAUCGCCCAGAAGCUGAAGAAGCCUCUGCUGGAAAUUCCCUUGAACAAGGCCAUCAAGGACCUCGUUGGAGGCAAGUCUACUCUCCAGAAUGAGAUUCUCGGAGACCUGGGCAAGGAGUUUGGCUCCACCCCCGAGAAGCCCGAAGAUACGCCCUUGGAUGAGCUGGGUGCAUCGAUGCAGCAAACCUUCAACGGUGAGCUCGGCAAGACGUCCCAGGGCCUGAUCGCCCGCGUCGUCUCGUCCAAGGUGCCCAACUCGUUCGGUAUGAGCGGCGUGCGGAAAUACCUCGAGACCAGGUGGGGGCUCCCCCAGGGUCGCCAGAACGGCGUCCUUCUUCUCGCCAUCACCUUCGAACCCGCACAGCGCUUCAAAUCCGACAAUGACACAAAGGCGUGGCUGGACGACAUGGCCAACAAAUAUGCUGCCCAUGCCGGCAUCAACCUGUCCGCUCCCGCCGCCGGAGGCGAUGCUGGCGGCCCAGGAGCCGGCAUGAUGAUGGAUCCCGCCGCCAUCGAUGCUCUGACCCAGGACCAGCGCAUGCUGUUCAAGAAGCAGCUCGAGCUGUUCGCGAGCUAUCUCAAAAUGGACCUUCGGGCUGGGGACAAGGCCGCUUUCGUCACCGAGCAAGCCAACGCCGUUCUGCAGAACCAGCUCGACCUGUGGAACGCAGAGCACGGCGAAUUCUAUGCCGCGGGAAUUGAGCCGCAAUUCACACCCAAGAAGGCUCGCGUCUACGACUCUGCCUGGAAUUGGGCCCGUCAGGACGCCCUCAGCAUGUACUACGACAUCAUCUUCGGGCGGCUCAAGACGGUCGAUCGAGAGAUUGUGAGCCGCUGCAUCGCCAUCAUGAAUCGCGCGAACCCCACACUUCUCGAAUUCAUGCAGUAUCACAUCGAUCACUGUCCCACGGAACGUGGCGAGACGUACCAGCUGGCAAAGGAGCUGGGCCAAGACCUCAUCAACAACUGCAGAGAGAUCCUCGACAAGGGCUUGACCGUGUACAAGGAAGUCUCCAAGCCCACCGCCCCUCACCUCGAGAUCGAUGCCAAGGGAAACCUCAACUACAGCGAGAUUCCCCGAGCCAAUAUCCGCAAGUUCGAGCAGUACGUCACCGAGAUGGCAGAGGGCGGCAAGCUCUCCGAAUACAACAACCGCACCAAGGUCCAGUACGACCUACAACGCAUCUACAAACUCAUCAAGGGACAGCAGAAACUCUCCAAGUCCUCCAAGAUGCAGGUCAAGAACCUCUAUGGGAGCGUCUUGCGAGCGCUCGCCAUGAACGAGGGCCAGAUGCUGCCAAACGAGAACGGCAAAACCCCGAACGGUAUCAUCAAGAAGGGUCGUAACGGUCGCGUGCCUAGCCCCCAGAAGCAGGGCAGGGUGGAGACGGUCCCUUACAUCCAUCUCAAGAGGAAGGAUGACAAUGGUUGGGAUUACAGCAAGAGGUUGACCAACAUCUAUCUCAGCACGCUGGAGAAGGCCGCCCACGAGGGCCUCAGCUUCCAGGGCAAGUAUGCUCUCUUGACUGGUGCAGGCGCCGGGUCUAUUGGCGCCGAAGUGCUGCAAGGAUUGAUCAGUGGAGGUGCCAAGGUCGUCGUGACCACCUCACGAUUCUCGCGUCAGGUCAACGAAUACUACCAAUCCAUCUACGCUCGAUAUGGCGCCAAGGGCUCGCAAUUGAUUGUUGUUCCCUUCAACCAGGGCAGCAAGCAGGACGUCCAGGCCCUGGUGGAUUACAUCUACGACUCCAACAACGGCCUCGGCUGGGAUUUGGACAUUGUCAUACCCUUCGCCGCCAUCUCGGAAAAUGGCCGAGAAAUCGACGGUCUCGACUCCAAGUCCGAACUCGCUCAUCGCAUCAUGUUGACCAACCUUCUCCGUCUUCUUGGUGCCAUCAAGACUCAGAAGCAAGCCCAUGGAUACGAGACCCGGCCCGCCCAGGUCAUUCUUCCUCUGUCGCCCAACCACGGCACCUUUGGCAACGAUGGAUUGUAUCCAGAGUCCAAGAUCGCUCUCGAGACGCUGUUCACGAGAUGGCACUCGGAGAGUUGGGGCAACUUCCUCACCAUCUGCGGCGCAGUCAUUGGCUGGACCCGCGGUACCGGCCUGAUGGCGGGCAACAACAUUGUCGCCGAGGGUAUUGAGAAGUACGGCGUCCGGACAUUCUCACAAGCCGAGAUGGCCUUCAACUUGCUCGGCCUCAUGGCGCCGUCGAUUGCCAAUCUCUGCCAGGUGGAGCCCGUCUGGGCUGACUUGAACGGCGGGUUCCAAUACAUUCACAAUCUCAAGGACGUCAUGACCGACCUCCGCAAAGAAUACAUGGAGACAAGCGAGGUGCGCAAGGCCGUCAUCAAGGAGAACGCCAUCGAGAACAAAGUUGUCAAUGGGGAAGCAAACGAGGCCUUGUACCGCAAGGUCACCGUCCAGCCGAGAGCCAAUCUGAAGUUCGAAUUCCCCAAACUUCCAGACUGGGAAAAGGAAGUCAAGCCUCUGAACGAGGACUUGAAGGGUAUGGUUGACCUUGAGAGGGUGGUCGUCGUCACCGGCUUCUCGGAAGUCGGACCUUGGGGCAACGCGAGGACACGCUGGGAGAUGGAGGCUCAUGGACAGUUCACCCUGGAAGGCUGUGUAGAGAUGGCCUGGAUCAUGGGCCUGAUCAAGAACCACAAUGGCCCGUACAAGGGUAACCAUUACUCUGGAUGGGUCGAUGCCAAGUCCGGUGAGCCUGUCGAAGACCGCGACAUCAAAGCCAAGUACGAGAAGUACAUCCUUGAGCAUUCGGGCAUCCGUCUCAUCGAGCCGGAGCUGUUCAACGGGUACGACCCCGAGAAGAAGGAGCUCCUCCAGGAAGUACAAAUCGAGGCCGAUCUGGACCCCUUCGAAGCAUCCAAGGAGAAUGCUGAGGAGUUCCGGCGGAAGCACGGGGACCAUGUGGAGAUCUUCGAAAUUCCCGGCUCCGACCAAUACUCGGUCCGGCUGAAGAAGGGUGCCAUUAUCCAGAUUCCAAAGGCCUUGCGGUUUGACCGUCUGGUCGCCGGUCAGAUCCCAACAGGCUGGGAUGCAAGGAAAUACGGCGUCCCUGAGGACAUCAUCUCCCAGGUGGACCCUGUCACCCUCUUCACCCUUGUCUGCGUGUCCGAGGCGCUCUUGACGAGCGGCAUCACCGACCCAUAUGAGUUGUACCGCUAUGUGCACCUGUCACAGGUUGGCAACUGUAUCGGCUCUGGUAUCGGUGGUACAAGUGCCCUCCGGGGAAUGUACAAGGACCGAUAUCUCGACAAACCGCUCCAAAAGGACAUCCUGCAAGAGUCCUUCAUCAAUACGAUGAGCGCGUGGGUGAACAUGCUGCUGCUUUCCUCCACGGGUCCCAUCAAGACGCCCGUCGGCGCCUGCGCUACUGCUGUUGAGUCGAUUGACAUUGGCUACGAUACCAUUGUGCAGGGCAAGGCUCGCAUGUGCCUCGUGGGAGGGUUUGACGAUUUCCAGGAGGAAGGUUCCUACGAAUUCGCCAACAUGAAGGCCACUAGCAACGCCGACGACGAGUUUGCCCGUGGGCGCACCGCGAAAGAGAUGUCCCGACCCACGACGACCACCAGGAACGGGUUUAUGGAGGCUCAGGGCUGUGGUGUCCAGGUGCUCAUGGAUGCCAGGCUGGCCCUAGAUAUGGGUGUCCCCAUCUACGGAAUCGUCGCCUUGACUACUACGGCAACCGACAAGAUUGGUCGUUCGGUUCCUGCCCCAGGCAAAGGUGUCCUCACCACGGCCCGGGAGUCGCCCUCGGCAUUCCCCUCCCCGAAGCUCGACAUCAAGUACAGAAGGCGCCGUCUGGAAAAGCGGCUCGAAGCCAUCCAGCGGAACCUCGAGUCCGAUAUCAGCGAUCUGAAGGACGAGAUCGAAGCCCACAAGUCGCGUGCUGACCCCUCCCACCCGUUCGAUGAGUCGGCAUAUUGGGAGCAUCGCGUCGCUCAGAUCAGACAAGAGGCCAAGUCUGCGGAGAAGGAAGCCCUCAAUCACUAUGGCAACAGCUUCUGGAAGCAAGACCCGACCAUUGCGCCCCUUCGUGGCGCUCUGGCAACAUGGAACCUCACCAUAGACGACCUUGGCGUUGCCUCCUUCCACGGCACUUCGACCGUUGCAAACGACAAGAACGAGUCCGACGUCAUCAACCAGCAAAUGUCCCACCUGGGCCGGUCCAAAGGCAACGCGCUCCUUGGAAUCUUCCAGAAGUGGCUCACUGGCCACCCCAAGGGCGCUGCAGGCGCGUGGAUGAUGAAUGGGUGCCUGCAAGUCCUCAACACCGGCUUGGUCCCUGGCAACCGUAAUGCGGACAACGUCGACCAGGUACUUGAGAAGUUUGAUUACAUUCUCUAUCCUUCCCGGACCAUCCAGACGGACGGUGUCAAAGCCUUCUCCGUCACCUCCUUUGGAUUCGGCCAGAAGGGUGCUCAAGUGAUUGGUGUUCAUCCGAAAUACCUUUUUGCCACACUCGACCAGGCCGAGUAUGCUGCUUACAAGCAAAAGGUUGAGGCGCGGCAGAAGAAGGCGUACAGGUACUUCCACGACGGGCUCAUCAACAACAACCUGUUCCGUGCCAAGGACAAGGCACCUUAUGCCGACGACAAGAUGGAGGAGGUAUUCCUGAAUCCGCAGGCUCGCGCUAGCGUUGAUCAGGAGACGUCAAAGUAUACGUUCAACAGCUCCAAGAAGUCCGCUAGGGCUCCUGUGAGAGACACGAGUGCGCCGGGGGUGGAGAUGAUCGCGAAGGCCCUCCAGGCGUCAGCUGGGAACAAGGGUUUCAGGGUCGGGUAUGACGAGGAGAGGCUGAGCUCUCUGAAUAUCGCGAACGAGACUUUCCUGGAACGCAACUACACGGAAGCAGAGAUUGCGUAUUGCCGAAAAGCAGGGGAUCCGCUGGCGAGCUUCACUGGCAAGUGGUGCGCCAAAGAGGCCGUUUUCAAGUCGCUUCACGUGAAGGGUAAGGGCGGCGGUGCCGCAAUGAAGGAGAUUGAGAUUCUGAACGAUGAGACUGGAGCACCAGUGGUCAAGCUCCACGGUGACGCUGCGGAGGCAGCGAAGGCAGCUGGUGUCGCGCGAGUCGACUUGACCCUUAGUCACGGGGACGAUCGCGCCGUGGCACUCGCGGUAGCCCACCUAGGAUGAUGAGGAGCAGCAGCAGGCAGGCUGUAACAGCAGCAUUCGCCAGACGAUGGUUCAUUGCUAGGGCAUUCGAUGCAUUGCACA